AUGGUUAACGUUCCAUGGCGAAUUGGACUUCGAGCUACUAUAGCCAGGGAGCAGGUCUUACAUGACAGCGGGCUUCCCACCUCCCAAUCUGAUGCCAGUUUCAUCAAAGAGCCCGCUCUUGAGCGGAGCCUGGAUCAUGUCCGGAAGAUCUUAAGAGACUCUCUCCCGUCGCAGGAGGUCUCUGAGCGCCUUCUCGAUAUGUUUUUCGACUAUCAGAACUCUAUUUUCUAUGUUUGUAACAGAGAGGAAGCACUGGCACAGUUGGCCCUCAUGUACGAAGAGCCAGCGGGGGUCAGCAUAUCUUGGUUUUGCCAGAUGUUCUUAAUCUUCGCUGUAGGUAUCCAAUUUGAUGAUGUCUACGACACCGAUGGAGCAACCUACCACGAGAUCGGCCAAAAGUACAUCGAUGAUGCCAUUGAUGAGGACCCCCAAAGCACGAUAUGGAUUAUUCGGGCAAUGCUUCUCCUUUGCCUCUUCCAGCCACCAACGAAAUGGAACUCGGUAUGGAUGCACCUUGAUGCUGCCAUUCGGGGCGCCCAAAGAUUUCAGCUAGAUGUGGGCCACAAUCUUCUGCAAGAAUUAUCAGACAACGAGUAUCAGGAAUGGCGACGGAUAUGGUUAACUAUAAUCUCCUUUGACCGCUGGGUAGCAAUUUUCCUCGGACGACUACCACGCAUCAAGGAAAGUAUUUGUAGAGAUCUGAUUUUCAGGGACCCGAACUUCAGAUUCACUUUGACGGACACCAUUCAAGAUAAUAUCACAACUUUAGCAAUAAUAUCGGGAGACAUUUUACGCGAUAUGUAUUUUUCGGAGCAGCCUAGUCUCAACACAUGCCGCAAAUACAAAACCGAGCUCGAAAAAUGGUCAUCCAGUUUACCGAAUCCUCUUCAGCAAUAUAUGAAAUCGGGCAAAGUUCCAAAAUUUCCCAAGGACCAGACUGAAUCGAUAGUUAGUUUUGAAGGACGAAGCCUUAGGGAUUCAUCUGACACAGUGUUAGUUCAAUUUACAUUUCAUGCACCUAGGGGCGUGGAUGUUGAUAACAAGACCAUUCUUAUUGAGGGCGUUGAAAAUGGAGACUUCAGGUAACUUCGGGGGUCCUAUUGUAUCGGCGAUAUCGUCUGAAUCGACUCUGUGGUAAGUAGCGCUAUCGAAUCCGAGCAUGAUGC